UAUGUUGCUUUAGCGUAUGGGAACACCUAUCCAAACCAAGUUAGUUGUUUUCUAUUUUUCUUCCUCUUUCCAUAAUUCCAUCCAUGCGUUGAAGCGCGAAGCCGCGAAGAGCAGCUCUCUCUCUCUCUCUCUCUCACACACACACACACACACACAAGCGCGAUCUGGUUAUUGAAGCCUCUGUGUCGAACUGUUUGAUUAAGAGCCAACAGCUCAAGGAAGAAAUGGACGGUGUCGAUCAUUCAACACUUGCUCGAGGCCGCUUGGCGGUGCUCUCAGCUCACCUCUCAGCUUCAUUUGAUCAAUCCGGCGCCGGAAUUCUGGAAUCCUCUGGCUGUUCCGCCGUCGUGGCACCGCCGCCGUAUCUGAAGGGAUCGUUAACUCUAAUUGAUGAGCGUACUGGCAACAAGUACCAGGUUCAGGUCUCCGAGGAAGGCACCGUCAAAGCCACCGACCUCAAAAAGAUAACCACCGGAAAGAAUGACAAGGGGCUCAAGCUUUAUGAUCCAGGAUACCUUAACACUGCCCCAGUGCGGUCAUCGAUCUGCUAUAUUGAUGGAGAUGAAGGGAUUCUUAGAUACAGGGGUUAUCCGAUUGAGGAGCUGGCUGAGGGGAGUUCCUUUCUGGAAGUGGCUUAUCUUUUGAUGUAUGGAAAUUUACCAUCUGAAGGUCAGUUGGCAGAUUGGGAGUUUUCCAUCUCACAGCAUUCAGCUGUUCCUCAAGGAGUAUUGGACAUCAUACAAGCAAUGCCCCAUGAUGCUCACCCAAUGGGUGUUCUUGUUAGUGCUAUGAGUGCCCUUUCAGUCUUUCAUCCAGACGCAAAUCCAGCUUUACGAGGCCAAGAUAUAUACAAGUCUAAGCAAGUGAGAGACAAACAAAUUGUCCGCAUACUUGGGAAGGCUCCAACAAUUGCUGCAGCUGCUUAUUUGAGAAUGGCAGGGAGGCCACCUGUCCUUCCGUCCAGCAACCUCUCAUACUCAGAGAACUUCUUAUAUAUGCUUGAUUCAUUGGGCAAUAGGUCUUAUAAACCAAAUCCUCGGCUUGCUCGUACAUUGGAUAUUCUUUUCAUAUUACAUGCAGAACAUGAGAUGAAUUGCUCCACUGCAGCUGCAAGGCACCUUGCUUCAAGUGGUGUUGAUGUGUAUACAGCCCUUGCUGGUGCAGUUGGAGCUCUCUAUGGUCCUCUUCAUGGUGGAGCAAAUGAGGCUGUGCUUAAGAUGUUGAGUGAUAUUGGAAGCGUAGAGAAUAUUCCUGAUUUCAUCGAAGGUGUAAAGAACAGGAAGCGUAAGAUGUCUGGUUUUGGGCACCGUGUUUAUAAGAACUAUGAUCCGCGAGCGAAGGUCAUCAAGAAACUUGCCGAGGAAGUAUUUUCAAUUGUUGGCAGGGAUCCUCUUAUAGAGGUGGCCAUAGCCUUGGAAAAAGCUGCACUAUCUGAUGAGUACUUUGUGAAGAGGAAGUUGUAUCCUAAUGUUGACUUUUAUUCUGGCUUAAUAUACAGGGCUAUGGGUUUCCCAACCGAGUUUUUUCCUGUUUUGUUUGCAAUUCCUCGAAUGGCUGGCUAUCUAUCUCAUUGGCGAGAGUCCCUGGAUGAUCCUGAUACAAAGAUAAUGAGACCAGCACAGGUGUACACUGGCGUCUGGCUACGGCAAUACAUGCCAUUACAAGAACGGAAGAUUUCCAGAGAAGAAGAUAAACUUGGUCAGGUGGCAGUCUCCAACGCAACGAGGAGGCGUUUGGCUGGUUCUGGAGCAUAGUCUUUUAAAACUCUGCAUCAGAUAGUCUGUUUUCUCACUGGUAGAAAUAAGUAUCGAUCUUACAGGAUCGUUGUGUUUUUCAUCACCGGUCGGUUGAAGUCAUCUUUGGUGUGAUAUCUAUAAAGCAUUUCACAACAAAAAACUGUAGCAGUACUCUUGCUAAGAAUUUUUUUAUUAUCAAAUAAUAGUCACCAAAAUUAUGGACCA